AUGGCAAUUCGACAAAGAAAAAGUACAACUAUCACCCCAGCAAAUUGGUGGGCAACACAUGGCACUGAUGCAAAGGAAUUAAGAAAGAUGGCUAUCAAGAUUCUAAAUUUGACGUGUAGCUCAUCUGCACGUGAAAGGAACUGGAGUGCAUUUGAGAGGGUCCAUACCAAGAAAAGGACGAGAUUAACACAAAAGAGAUUGAAUUCUCUUGUCUAUGUCAUGUUUAACAAAAGGCUUCAGUGGAAGUAUGCUCAAAGGAAGAGAGACCCAUUAGCUGUAAAAUUUGUUGAUGAUGAACCACCGAAUGAGUGGAUUGAAGGGGAGGUGAGUGUUGAAGGGCAGCAGCAAGAUGAACUGGCUCAGGCUGGCGUAAAUGAGAAGAAAAGAGCACUGAGCAAAGGUUCGUCAAGCAAGUCAAAGAGAGCCCGCACCAUGGAGGCGGAAGAAGAGUCUUCUGACUGUGAAGAGGAAGAUGAUACAGCCAUGCAGUCAAUGGACGAUUCUUCAAGUGAUGAUGGAGAGAAUGAGGACAAUUUCCUUGACGAUGACUAA